AUGGCUGAACGGUAUCAAGCGUGGUGUGAACGUAAUGCCGAGCGUGGUGGUGGUGACCGCAGAAAUGCAGGUGCGUAUCAAUGCUUUUCGUCUCUGUGAUCAGGAUGCAAUUUCCCCAGUAUGCAGUUGUCUUCUUAUAAUUUCGCCUCAAUGGACCAAUCCCCAAUUAACCAAAAUUUUGAACCCAACAAGUCUAGACAAAAAUUUCAUCACAGCUUGAAAGAGUAUCACAAAAUUAGUAAUAUUCUAAAGUUUCGUUGCAAAAUGUUGUAAAAUGCGGAUAAUAUAGCCUUGCGAAGUUUGCAAUUUUCAGUCAUUUUUAGAUUACAAACCGGAAAUGGUUACCACUUCUGUGCGUGUACAAAACGACUGAAAUUUACAAACUUCGCAAGGCUAUAUUAUCCGCAUUUUACAACAUUUCGCAACGAAACUUUGGAAUAUUACUAAUUUUGUGAUGCUCUUUCAAGCUGUGAUGAAAUUUUUGUUUAGGCUAGUUAAGAUCAAAAUUUUGGAAAAGUGGUAACCGUUUCCCGCUCGUAAUACAAAAUGACUGAAAAUUGCAAAUUUCGCAAAGCUAUAUUAUCCGCAUUUUACAACAUUUCGCAACGAAACAUUGGAAUGUUACUAAUUUUGUGAUGCUCUUUCAUGGUAUGAUGGAAUUUUGUCUAGACUUAUUGAGAUCAAAAUUUUGGUUAAUUGGGGAUUGAUCCAUUGCAUGAGUGAAGAGUGCUUCCAGUUUGACUUAGCCUGCGUGGCAGGCUCAAUCUGCAACAAUCUCAAGGAAAUUUGAUCACCGCCCACUAAUUACUAUAUAUGAUAAUUUAUUUCCAAUUCAACCAAUCAUAUUCUCUGAAAUUCGUGCGCGUGAUGCAGUGUGAGUAAUGACUAUAAAUAUACUUUAUUACUGUUGUAGUUCAUAGAGUAGCUCGAGAAUACAAACUUUUAAAAAAUUGGCAGUUUAAAUCACUUUUGGAGUAAAUAAAUGUAUUUAAUCGGAUACAUAAUUUGUCAAUCAGUAUUUUAAAAUUGAUCGGGUAUAGCUACUGUAUUAUUUAGAGAAAUACCAACACGUGCAUGGGUUUGUAUCCAUGCUCUUCGACUUGUCAAGGCAGAUACUGUAGCCAAUGAGAAAACCUGCCAAAACAUCUCAACGAUUUCCAGUUGUUCAGUUCUUAGUUUAAAAGCCAAAUUCACAGUACUCUUAAGCGUAUAAACAUUGCGCCAUAGUGAUUUAUGCGUAUUUUACCAAAUUUCCCCGAAAUACCAAAUUUCCUUCACAUUGUUGCAGGCCCAUAUUCAAUGAAGUUUGACUCUACCAAACAGCAUAUGUUUCCUCCGCGUACUCCUGUAGCAAUAUACACUUAAUGUCUGCUCCCGAGGGAAAUAGUUUGUUUUGUUUUCCCGAGAGUCUCAAUGUUUACCGAGACGAAGUCGAGGGAAACAUUGAGAUUCGAGUGAAAACAAAACUAUUUCCCGAGGGAACAGACAUUAAGCGUUUUGUUAUAUGGCGACGAACAAAAAACAACAUUCGUACAGCAAUUGUAUUUCGUGAAAAAAACUCUAUAGUGUGAACGCAAAAGAACUAAUUAUUUUUUUCAGGCGGUGAUGGGUGUUUCAAGUGUGGUGAACUUGGUCAUUUUUCACGUGAGUGCCCCCAAGGCGGGGGAUCGCGAGGGUCACGAGGUGGCAGCAGGGGACGCGGGGGACGACGGGGAUCACGCCGAGGUCGUGGAGGGGGUAUUUCUAUGGAUAUGUGGUGGUGA